UCAGUUCAGAUUCAGAUUAAUUAUUAAAAAUAAAAUGCCAAACCAAAGGCGAAUUAGACGAAAAAGGAGUUUAACAGGUCGAAGAGAAGAGAGCCGUAGUCAUGCAGGAUCUAUGGCAAGUUAUUUCAAAGCUGCCCUAAACUCCGUAGUUCUUCCGGAGUAUAGUUCGCUUGGGGGUUUGACUAAUAUAUGUUUACACUGUAAAGCAAAACAUUUCGGAAGUGAAAAGGUAAGAAAUGGCUUUACGACAUGUUGUCAUGGCGGAAAAGUUAAACUUCAAGAAUUACGUGUACCUGAGUUUUUGAAAGCUGUGUUAGAAAAUGAUUUGAGCUCUUGGCGGGGACACUAUUUGGAGAAUAUUCGGCAGCUAAAUAGUUCGUUUGCUUUUGCAUCAUUCGAAGCGAAAAUUGCGGAGCCUACAGGGCGCGGACCAUAUUGCUUCCGAAUACAUGGAUCAAUAUAUCAUAGGGUAGGUCCAUUGCAUGCAGAUCAUCCUUCAGAAUCCUCCUACGCCCAGCUGUUUAUUCUUGACACGGAUCAAGCAACUGAUAUAAGGGCACAACAUAAUUCAAACUGCGAUAGGUAUUUGCUGAGAGAAAUCCACGAAAUGCUUUCAAAUAUUAACCCCUUGGCAAAUGAGUAUAAGCAUAUGGCGCAGGUUGAACGCGAAGAGGAACAGAGGGCCAGAGAAGAAAAUCGCAAUGCUCGCCGAAUUAGCAUGCUACUUUUUAACAGCGCUGAUCGACGUUAUAAUUUGCCAAACUGCUCAGAAAUUGCGGCCGUUUUCACAACAGAGGAUGGUGAACCACCUGGAAAUCGAAAUUUGCGAAUAUUUUCACGGAAAUCUGAUAUGCAGAAUUUAUUAUUUGUCUCAACGCUACAUAGGUUGUGUGAUCCAUUAGUAUAUCCGCUUUUGUUUCCUUAUGGCGAGUCAGGAUAUGAUGAAACUCUUCUGCAUGAACAGGGUCAUCGAACGGAAUGUAGAUUUAAAUUAACCCAACUGCAGUUUGUUGCUUACCGUAUGGCGAUAAGAGAAGGUUUCAGCUUGCUUCAUGCGUCAGGUAAACUUUGGCAACAGUAUUUAGUUGACCAAUAUGUCAGAAUUGAAGGAGCACGUCUGGCAUUUCUGCGAACUCAUCAGAAAGAGCUACGUGUUGAAACAUAUGCUGGUUUGCAUGACUACUUAAUGCGUGGUGCAAAUAUGGAAAGUGUUCGUCCUGGUCGUAUAGUUGUACUUCUUCAAGUUUUGUUGGCUCUCCUCGAAAUAUGA